GAGCAAACAGCGAUGGCUUCUUGUGCAUCCGAGCUUCCAAAUCAUCCAGCUUCUCUGGGAUGAGAUCUUCCCCUAGCAGCAUCUUAUCGACAAGUACCUCUACGACAUGCGGCUCUCCGAGGAGACCCUCCAGGAGGUGUCCCAGCGUUUCAGAAGGGAGAUGGAGAAGGGGCUUGGAGCAGACACCAAUCCUACCGCCUCGGUGAAGAUGCUGCCCACCUUCGUGAGAUCCACCCCGGAUGGGACAGAGGAUGGUGACUUCUUGGCGCUGGACCUCGGCGGCACCAAUUUCCGCGUGCUGAGAGUGAAGGUGUCCGACAACGGCCUGCAGAAGGUCGAAAUGGAGAAUCAGAUCUACGCCAUCCCCGAGGAACUCAUGCGAGGCAGUGGGGUGCAGCUCUUCGACCACAUCGCUGAGUGCUUGGCCAACUUCAUGGAGAAGCUGAAAAUCAAAGACAAGAAACUCCCCCUUGGGUUCACCUUCUCCUUCCCGUGUCACCAGACCAAGCUGGAUGAGAGCAUCCUCGUUACGUGGACGAAGGGAUUCAAAUGCAGCAGCGUGGAGGGGAAAGAUGUGGUGUCGAUGCUGCGCAAGUCCAUCAAGAAAAGAGGGGACUUUGACAUUGACAUCGUGGCUGUGGUGAAUGACACUGUUGGGACCAUGAUGACCUGCGGCUACGACGAUCAUAACUGUGAAGUUGGCCUCAUUGUCGGUACCGGUACCAACGCCUGUUACAUGGAGGAGAUGAGGCACAUUGGCCUUGUGGAAGGGGAUGAAGGUCGGAUGUGCAUCAACAUGGAGUGGGGGGCCUUUGGUGACGACGGCGUGCUCAACGACAUCCGGACGGAGUUCGACCGCGAGAUAGACAUGGGCUCGCUCAACCCUGGCAAACAAUUGUUUGAGAAGAUGAUCAGCGGGAUGUACAUGGGAGAGCUGGUCAGACUCAUCCUGGUGAAGAUGGCCAAGGAAGGGCUCUUGUUUGGAGGAAAGCUCACACCAGAUCUGCUCACUACCGGCCACUUUGAGACCAGAUACGUCUCUGCUAUUGAGAAAGAGAAAGAAGGGCUGCAGAAAGCCCACGAGAUCCUCACCAAGCUGGGCCUGGAGCCAUCUCAUGAAGACUGUGUGGCCACCCACCGCAUCUGCCAGAUCGUCUCCACCCGCUCGGCCAACCUGUGCGGGGCCACCCUGGCAGCCGUGCUGCGACGCAUCAAGGAGAACAAGGGGUUGGACCGGCUGCGGUCCACGGUGGGCGUGGAUGGCUCUGUCUACAAGAAACAUCCUCACUUUGCCCGGCGUCUCCAUAAGACAGUGCGGAAGCUGCUGCCGGACUGCGAGAUCCGUUUCGUGAGGUCAGAAGAUGGAAGCGGCAAAGGAGCAGCCAUGGUGACGGCGGUGGCCUACAGACUGGCCGCCCAGCACAAGGCACGGCAGAAGAUUUUGGAGGCGCUCAAGCUGAGCCACGAGCAGCUCCUGGAGGUGAAGCAAAGGAUGAGGAUGGAGAUGGAGAAGGGGCUGGGCAAGGAGACGCACACGGAGGCAACUGUGAAAAUGCUGCCCACCUACGUGUGCUCAACUCCAGAUGGGACAGAAAAAGGAGAUUUCCUCGCCCUGGAUCUGGGAGGUACCAAUUUCCGUGUGCUGCUGGUGCGCGUGAGGAACGGGAUGAGGCGCGGCGUCGAGAUGCACAACAAGAUCUACUCCAUCCCGGUGGAGAUCAUGCAGGGGACGGGAGAGGAGCUCUUUGACCACAUCGUCCACUGCAUCUCCGACUUUCUGGAAUACAUGGGAAUGAAGGGUGUAUCGCUCCCGCUCGGCUUCACAUUCUCCUUCCCUUGCCAGCAGAACAACCUGGAUGAGGGGAUUCUCCUGAAGUGGACAAAAGGUUUCAAGGCGACCGGCUGCGAAGGAGAAGAUGUGGUGAACCUGCUGAAGGAGGCAAUUCACAGGAGAGAGGAAUUUGACCUGGAUGUGGUCGCGGUGGUAAAUGACACAGUUGGCACCAUGAUGACCUGCGGGUACGAAGAUCCAUAUUGCGAAGUUGGGCUGAUAGUUGGCACAGGCAGCAACGCCUGUUACAUGGAGGAGAUGAGGAACGUGGAGCUGGUGGAAGGGGAGGAGGGCAGGAUGUGCGUCAACAUGGAGUGGGGGGCGUUUGGUGACAACGGGUGCUUGGAUGACAUACGGACAGAGUUUGACUUGGCGGUGGAUGAGCUGUCUCUCAACCCUGGGAAGCAAAGGUUUGAGAAGAUGAUCAGCGGGAUGUACCUGGGGGAGAUCGUCCGAAACAUCCUGAUGGAUUUCACCAAGCAAGGGCUGCUCUUCCGGGGACGGAUCUCAGAGAGGCUGAAGACCAGAGGGAUCUUUGAGACCAAGUUCCUGUCCCAGAUAGAAAGCGACUGCCUGGCCCUGCUCCAAGUCCGCUCCAUCCUCCAGCAUCUCGGCCUGGAGACCACGUGCGACGACAGCAUCAUCGUGAAGGAGGUGUGCACGGUGGUGGCCCGGCGGGCAGCUCAGCUCUGCGGGGCCGGCAUGGCAGCUGUGGUGGACAAGAUCCGGGAGAACCGCGGGCUGGACUUCCUCAAGAUCACGGUCGGCGUGGACGGGACGCUCUACAAGCUGCACCCUCACUUCUCCACCGUCAUGCACGAAACAGUGAAGCAGUUGUCUCCAAAGUGCGAAGUGACCUUCCUCCAGUCGGAAGACGGCAGCGGCAAGGGCGCAGCGCUCAUCACGGCGGUGGCCUGCCGGAUCCGGGAGGCCGGCCAGCGAUAGAAGGAAGGAGGUUUGCCGAAGAGCUUGGUUUCAGCAAAACAGGAUGUUUCCCCACCCGGUCCCUCCCUCCUUCCCUCCCUCCGUACACACACACACACACACACACGGCCUCCCCUUGCAAGCAGACUCUUAGCUUUACUUGUUCUCUUGAGAUACCACCAGUGGGACUGGAGAUGCUGUGUGCUUUGUAUAAAGAGUUGUCUUAGGAGUUUUAUUGCAUGCCAUAAAACCGCGUAUCAAGUAAAGCUAAAAGUGUCUUUUGGCUGUCUACCUACAUUUCCAGUUAGAGCUGGACCUGUUCCACUUGCAGCCUCCGUCAAACACCGGCUCUCCUUCCCCACAUCUCCUAACCACUCUCACAUCUUUCCUAACAGCAGAAAGGAUAAUGCUAGAAUAUUUAGGACACUGCAUUGUCACUUUACAGUAACUGGUACCUAUUUAUGUAUGUCGGAGUCGUAGCGUGUCUGUGCUGUAGAAAGCAAACCUCUUUAAGAUUGGGCUAAAGACCUCCACUAGUCUUUUACCCUGAUCAAGGCUGUAUUAUUUCCAUGAAAGUCAUGGUAACUCUUAAAGCACAGGGUGCAGAAUUUCAACCGGCGUGUUCCGAGUCUGCACUGAGAGAUACCAAGUAUCUCUGUUGGUGAGCAAUAUUAAAGAACCUGCUGGAUCCAAGUUAGAGGUGCCCCUUUAACUGCCCCAGCAGAGCACGUGCCUGGAAAUAAUUGGGGACUCAGGGUCUAAUCCCAUUUCCCGACCUCUCACCUGCACCCUCAACAGAGUGUAGUAAUGUGGCAUGUAUGUAUGGUUGUGCUACACUCCCUGGAAACCACUAGCAUCCUUCCCUGGUGCAUGUGUGGAUACAAGGAACCACCACCAAGACGGGUCGGUCUCUUCCCUGCAAAUACACACCCCCAAAUGUUGUGGCCGUGUGUCUACACUUGGCAUGGUGAGUUUGGUUUGCUUUUUGUCUGUGAAAUAGUUCUGCAUCUUCAGCCUUUUAGGUGACACCUGGAUUUAUACACUGUAUAUUUAUGUUUCAAGAGAUCUUACAUCUUUUUAUGUACAUAGUCUCGGGGGGGGUUAUGUUGCUUAGUUUUGACUUCACCUUUUAAUGUCAUUUAAGAAUGGUACAGAGUACUUAUUUUCUUUUUUUCUUGUGUUAUUUUUUUAAUUUAAAAUUUUCUUGGGGUAGACUGGAGAAAGAGACCCAAGUUCCUGAGGACAGUUGUACAAGAGGUUUGGGCAUUCUGAAUGUAUCGCCAGAACAAAAGGGGAACCAGAAAGCCAGGGAUACGAUGCACGGGAGCAGUGGGGCCCUGCAGCGAAGCUUUCAGGAUUAGGCUGGUUUUCACCUAAGGAGAGGUUUUAUUUUGUCCCCCUGCCCUCCCCAGCCUGCUUUGCUCUGGAAGGUCACAUCGCUUCCUAUUGCAGCGCGUGGUGAACUAACCCAGGGCUGUGCAGGGACCCGUGUCUGAGCCCGUAUCCCUCACGCCACCGCCCCGCUCCAACAAACACUCGGCACGGGCACAUGCGCUCGAGUGCUGACGGUGCGCGCGGGCUCGCAGCGAGGCACUGGCAAAGGCAAUCUCAGCUUGUUCGAUGAGGUUAGCAGCGAUAACUGGCGUCGCCUCAUUUCCAUUUGGCAUCCUCAGGGCUGCCUGCGAGCGUUCCCGGGGACGCGCGCGUGCCCGCAGCAUCACUUUGUGUGCCGUGGUGAAAAGCAGCGAUUAAUUUUUGCCCACAGAAAAGCCUACGGAUGAACGAAACGCUGCAGCUCUCUGCCUGCGUGAGCGGAGGCAUACAGGUGGGGGUGGGUAUGUUUCUGUAAAUAUUUAGCAGAAGAUAAUGAAAUUCCAGUGGUGUACAAAAAAGAAAAAAAAUUAAUAAUUCCCACGAACAGACCUUCAGUUUGGAGGACAGAGUUUUUGUCUAUUUUUAUGUAUAUUUUUAUACUGCUUGGGGUAACCUCAUUACCAAAAGUCUCUCUUCUAUGUUGGGGGUCAAGUUCAAUAGCACAAUUUUAAAGCAAAAUUACUCUUUGGGCAUUUUAAAUGCUUAUUUUUUUUAUAAGCCUCAAGACAAUUAUAACAAACAAAAUCUGACUGUGUAUAGAAAUGAUGUAAGAAACCAAGUUUAGUGGAAGUUUUAGAAGAUGUUAAAUAAAUUUUUGAAAGGUGAUACAGAAAUCCUCUAAUACGGUACCAAGCAGUUGUGUGUGAUUCUUUCCUCAGAAGACCAGCAUUUUGCCUACUGAAAAAUGGAAACAGAAAGGUUUUUACCGGCUGCACCGUGCAGAAGGUUGCGUUAGUGGCUGUAUUUUUAAACUCUUAUCCAGCUGUACCCCUUUUGAAAUACGUAGUGUUUUCAUCAGUUAGUGAGCUAAAUUUUAUACAACUGUAGUUUUGGGGGGAGAGUGGGAAAGAUUGGGACUAUGGGGCAGCCCUGCUUUUGUAGCCGAUUCAGACUCCAGUUCAGCAAAUUGUUGGAGUGUGUGACUUAAAAGGGCGAGAAGAAAACGUGGGUAGUUAAGUACCUGGUUAGCAAGGAUGGGUGGAGCCGGGUAACCUUGCUCCCCUCGCCUUUCUUUGCAGCGAAGGACGGGCUGUAACUUUACAGCGGCAGGAAGGAUUAGCCCUGAGCUCACAGGGCGGUGGUGAAUUGCUGGGCGCUUUCUCUUCUCCUGGAACAGAGAAAGUAAAGGCAGUACAAGUUACCUGGAGCUACAGCUGCUUUUGGUCUGUCCCGCAGUAUCUGGUCUGGGGGGGGUAGCGGUAGCAGCAGCUCUGUGGGGCUGACAAAGCAAGGGAGCCACGUGCUGAAGCUUGAGGACACAGAUCUAAACUUUCUGUGAGGUCAGGGAGGAUUUUUGGCUGGGCUUGGUCAGAUGGAUGCCCACCUGGGUAUCUACAAGGCUCCUGUAAAGCUUGAAAGCUUUUGCUUCCCCUUUGCUUUGACUCAGAAUAAAGCAGGGUCUGAAAUGUUCCCAGUUAAAAAGCAAUACCUGAAGCGCUACAAGACACCCGUGUUAACCUGUGACCGCAGACAUGCCCUUGGCCGCGGCUGUAAGAAAGGUUUUUAUUAAACACUUUGAGAAGUUUGUGCUCCUUUUUGUCUCAAAGGGGAUGAGCACCAGAGAUGUUUGCUGUACAGUCUGAUUGUAACUUCAGUGGGACUGUAACCUCACACCAAAAUGUUGCCAUGGGAUGUUAUGUGAAUGUGUUUAAAAAGAAGAAGGGAAGAUUAAAUCGUAACUCUUGAUAUGAAGGGAAGAUCAAAUCUAUUACAUGUAGGGAGAGACAGGCAGACCGAUCAACUUGGCUUGCUCAGUCUGUCUCUUUCCUCCAGUAAGAAGCGCUGCUUUGUGGAUUUAGGAUGGCUUUUGUUUUGCUUGGUUGUUCCCAUUAGGAUGCAUUUUCUUUGCACUCCUGGUGUCGUGCUGGCACACCCUCUGGGCACGCAGGCAUCAGGAGAACAGGGUCUUCCACUGCGUCAGCUGCUACGCUGGAGACGCUGACCUUUCCUUCCUGGCAAUUCUCUCCUCGUCGGUACUUUGGACAGGAUUUUAUUGUUACUGCUUUUUUAAAAACAUAUAUAUAUAUAUGUAUAUACAAGCAGCAAAUUAUUGAGCCUUCCAAGAGGAAUUUGCCUCUUCCCUUCUUGGAGUCAAAGGCCGUGUAGGGAGAAGCAUUGUAUUUCAGUCACCCGAGAUGUAUGAGGAGUAUCUGAGAGGACCUGAGAUGCACCGAUCUCUGGCCUAGAAGCAGCUCAGAGGUAGUUUGACCCGAGAUAGCUUGGUGCCUCUGUGCUGCACCGUCUCUUAUCAGGCAAUCCAAAGGUGCCCAGGCUAUCUGACAGAGAUAAGAGGGUGAAAAAGUCCAGUGUGUGGGAGGGGAGUGGGGACAGGUGUAAAACAGUGACAAAACCCACAAGUCCCCAUGCAACGGGUGGCGAGGUACAAGACAGCAACAAAAUAAACUGGAACGGGGGGAGCCUUGGUCCCCCACCUCGCCACAAUCUCCUCCCCUCCAGCAGAUAGAGAGAGGAAAAUACCUUCUUUCGACAGGUCAUUUUGCUUGCUCUGGUAGAAAAGUGGUCACCGAAGGCAAAAGAGGUGAUUCCUGGUCACAAGGUAAUUUGGAGUAAGAAAGAGUCAAAUUAUUUAAAUUAUUUACCUUGUGACAUCCCCGACAAGUCUGGAGUCUUUCUGGCCUGAAGCAAAGAAAAUGCAUCUUAAUGUGGGUGUUGGCUCCGUGCGGGGCAGGGGGAGUUAAAUAAAGCCAAAGACUGUUCAGCUGCUAGCAGAAAUGAGUGACUGUAGAUUCACCUAAUGUUGUUAUUUUGUGUUUACAAUAUUUAUUUUUAGUAAUUGACUGCAAUUAUAUUAUAUAUAGGCUUCCUUAUUUUUGUACUUUUCAUACCGUUUUCCUGAGUGUGGUGUUGUACUUCUCAGCUCCCCUUUGCCACGAUUGCUGCUCCUAGUCAGUGACA